AUAACGAGUAUGUAAUAAAUGAAUGAACAUGUUCACGUUCCACGUGUUGGAUCCGUUCGGUAAUACUAAUAAUUCGAGUGGUUUUCCUCAAUGUCAUGUCAGUGGCAGCCGUGUUGUCGUGGCGCCCGCGUCGCCUCGUGCCGCGUCGCCUCGUGCCGCGUGCCGCGUUCCGCGUGCUAGUGUGUGUUCGUCUCAUUAUCUAAACACUAAUUACAGUGUCGGAUAUCUCCAGUCGAGCUCGCGCACUGUGAUGUUAUUGGGGAGAUGUGUGUGCGUGUGCGUGUGCGUGUGGGCGGUGCUGUGUACAGUGGCGGGCGAGUACUGGAACACGGACAACUACUUCCAGCGGCCGAGCAGGAGCGGCGCGCCGCCGCCGGACUGGCCGCGCUGCCGGCCGCCGCCCGCCCGCUGCCGCGACCUGCACGGCAGCGUGGACGUCGCCCACGCCUACUACCAGUACAACGUGGACGGGAAAUCACUACCGCUGUACCGCACAGGAGACGAGUUCACGCUGUCGUGCAAAGCCGGCGUCAGCCUCCACAGCAGCUCGCUGCCGAGCUUCCGCAGCAUGACGACCGUGCCGGUGGUGCGGUUCAAGUACUGCGACGUGCCGAGCGACUCGUAUGCUACCAGGCUCGCACAACUCAACAUCACAGUGUCUCGCGAGUUGCACAUAAUGCUGUACUAUAAACAGACGGCCUCGUUCAGCAGAGCUCAGUUCGAGGGACUAGCCGUCGACCUUCUCGAUAUCAACUACGAAAGUAAAACUCCAGGAUAUCUCUCUGAUGACUGGUUACAGCCGCUCACUAACACGACCCGUUUGGAACUAACGCAUAUGGUGUUGCCACCGAUGAUCUCGUCAAAUCGAGUACGACAUUUGUCUUUGAAUUACAACACACCGCGUGGAGAGUUGGGCGACUGCGGGCGGCUGUAUGAGCUCUCAAUAUGCGAGCUGAAGUGGGAGCGCGGCGAGGCGCCGGCGCGCUGGCUCACCGACUGUGCGCAGUUAAAAGUGCUGCGGAUGAAGAAUGUUUACUUGUUCAAGGAGCUAGGGCCGUUCCUUGCAGGUCUACACCCACUUUCGAUUCUAGAAAUUGAUCAGUCCUUCUUGGGUUUCAAUGAUGGCGACACACUGAAGUUUCUGGGCAGUGAGGUGUUGCCGUCGUCAGCAACGACGCUAGAGAAGCUGUCGCUGGCCGGCAACUCGCUGGGUGACGUGUGUAGCCACGACGGACACGAUGUGAAGCUACCGCUGCAGUUGCCGGUGUUGCAGCACCUGUCGCUGGCCAGGUCCGGCGUCACCAGGACCUGUGAGAGCUGGCCGCGGGACAUGCCCGCCCUCACACACCUCGACCUCACGGGAGACACUCGUGGCCAUCGCCUGACAGUACACAGACCUGAAAUGGAUGGGGGCGCGGCAGUCGCGCCUACUCCUGGACGACAUCGACACCAUCGCGUACAACGAGUCCCAUUACGCGGAGAUCGUCCGCGCCAACUGUACCGAGGUCACUUCACAUUGUUUAUAUUCACAUUCAAAGUGACGAUAUCCAUCAGCGAGUACAUCAUCUGCGACUGCCGGCUGUACUGGUUCGCGCGCAUGCUCGCCGAGUGUCCGCGCCACGUGCGCUGGGCGGCCGCGCCCGCCUGCGACCGCCGGCCCAUGCUCGAACAGCCGCUCGACCACAUGCUGUGUCCAAUACAGGGGGAGGAGGUGUGCGCGGGCGGCUGCGAGUGCUGGUGGCGCGACGCGGAGCACAGCAGGGUGGUGGCCAACUGCUCGGCGCGCGGCCUGCACCGGCUGCCGCCGCUGCCACAGCUGCCGCCUCUACUGCAGCUGCACGCCGCACGCAACCACAUACAGGCCAUACACAGCCAUGACAUACCUGAUACAUUAACUUACAUAGACCUCCGGAACAACAACAUAUCCCGGGUGGGCGCGGCGGAGACGCGGCGGCUGUUCUCGGUGCGCGGGAGGCGCGUGCGGCUCGCCGGCAACCCGCUGCGCUGCCACUGCGACAACCGGCCGCUGGUCCGCGCGCUGCUGACCCACCGCCACCAGGUGGAUUAUGCAGAUUUAAAAUGCGACGAUGAGAAGCUGCUCAGCACUAUUAUAGUAGAGGACCUGUGCGCGCUGUCUCCGACAGAAACGCUGGUGUACGCUCUGUCGCCGACGGUGACCGCGUUCCUCCUUGUAGUGCUGGCUAUCUGGUUCAUGUACUACUACAGGAUGGAAGUCAGGGUGUACCUGUACUCGCGCGGGCUAUGCCAGUGCUGUGUGCGCGAAGAGGACCUCGACGGCGACAGGGAGUUCGACGCCUUCGUUUCGUACACACACCUCGACGAGCAGUUCGUGUACGAGCAGCUGGUGCCGGAGCUGGAGUCGGGCUCGCCCUCCUUCAAGCUGUGUAUCCACUGUCACUGUGCACACACUGUCUUCGGAUCCUUCGGGAAGUGCCUAUUCGACAUCAAUACGAGACAUGCCUGUUAUCUAGCCUACUGUGUGGGUACCAACAACUGGACUAUGAUGUAAACCAGUGUUUUUCAACCUUUUACAUGACGUGACCCCCUCCCCCCCCCCCCUUAUCCCUAAUAUGAAAAAAAUAUUUCGUGACGUCCGAUCCUUUGCUUUUUUCUUGUAUUUUGUAAUAUAAUAUUACAAAGAUGUUGUAGGGACUGAAUACUUCAAUCUAUACAAUAUUUCUAUGCAUAACUAAGUUUCGGAUAAAUACAGAAUUAAGUAUAAUAAUAAUACUAAACUCGUUUGCUUGGGUACCUCUGUCCCGUUCGUGUUUCAACCGUGAAGCAGUUGUGUUUGCAUGGCUGUGUUUCGGUUUGAAGGGUGGGAUAUAACAGUGAAUUUACAGGGUACAGAGGAAUACCUGAGUUAAUAAUAUAUAGAGUAGAGAGAAUAACACCUGAGUUCUCAGGAAUGGCGAUGCAUGGGGGGUAUCAUGCGCAUCAGCUUGUUUGCAAUUCUAAGAUGUAUAAAACAAAAUUGCAGUCUCCCUCCCAUAGGAGGUUGCAACCCACAUGUUGAAAAACACUGUUAUAAACAAAUAUGGGUAGUGAUUUCAACUGUAAAAAAAAAAAAAAAAAAAAAAAAAAAAAAAAAAAAAAUCUACACUGUUAAAAAUAUAUUUCCUUACGCUUCACACAAUGUCAGCCGUUACCUGUCCACUGCUGGACAUGGGCCUCCUCCAUAAAGAAGAAUUUAGCCAGUAGUUGCCACGCUUGACAGGCGGAUUGGCAACCGCAGUUUGGCAUUAAUUGUUUUAAGAGGGACGCUGCUGCCUAUCCCUCAACGAUUAAGCUCCCUUAGUCGGCUUUUACUACACCCACGGGAAAGGAAGGGAUGACCCAUUCUGUGCCGGGACCACACGACACUUUCCUUGUGCUUAAUACGCAAGCACAUGCCUUGUUUUUCGUUUUUGGUUUUUAGUCUUAGAGAGAUGUGAUGAGAAAUAAGACACAUUUCUAGAAAAUUAUUAAAUGUUAGAUUUUUUUUAAUGGAUGAUAAUGAAAUGGUAACCCCGCCCGUGUUAUCGGUAUACACCGGCGGGGCACCAGUGAAUGAUGAUAGGUGAGGAUGAAGCAGGCCAGUUAGCCCAUCGUGACGAAUUCAACGACAAAUUACUCACGAUGAUUUUCAGAAGGGACCGUGUGGAGGUCGAUCUGACAGGGUAUAUAGAUAGCAAUGGGGACUAAUCUCCCCAUUACUAACAAUCCCUUCCCCCCUCCAUGUUAGGUUAGGUUCCAUGUGUCCCAAACUAAACCAUUUAGAUUAAAUGUCACCUUAUUUCUUCCAUUUGUUUCCACUAACUGUAGAAAAAAAAAAUACAUAGCUCGGGCGUGCAAGCGAUAAUUUUAAUAAAGUAUCUAGAGAUCUCGAUUUAGAUUUAUUUAAUUCUAAGAUAGAAUCCGCAAGACGUGUGCCGAGUCAGUGGUUCUUGGAUGGUUCGUCUUUGAGCGCGUGACUUCAACUUUUUAUUUUGCAUAGCUGCCUCCCUACACUGUGUGUACUAUUGUAAUGUUGGUACUCCAAGUUUAAUUCAGUUGAUUGUAAGUAUUAGCGAAUGUCAUGUGCAUUCAAUAAAUCAUGUUAUUAUUUGUGAAAACCUGUAAGUGGCUUUUUGUAUUUUCUGUUUUUUUUUUUAUUACGAAAUAAUCUAGCUGUAAUUUUUUUUAUAAAAAUUAAAAUAAAUAAAAUAAUUACAAGAAAUCAUGUUUUUAUGGA